AUGGCUGGAUAUGCUGUUGCCACCACUGAUGAGGUGAUUGAAGAUGAAGCAUUGCCUGUGAGUAUAUCAGCACAAAAAGCAGAAUUAAUCACCCUUCGGGGAGCUCUUGAAAUAUCUCAAGGAAAGAAGGCAAACCAAAGCUGUGAGGGUAUAUUUAAGUUGGGCUUUCCAGAAGUCUUGGUAUCACAGUCCAGAGGGAGCAUAAGAAACUUAGAUAAAGUACUUGAUACAAAUAAGAUUAAAAAAAAAUAAAAAGAUGUUAGGAUUCCUGAACUCAUGAAGAAUCAGCUUUGCAUUGAUUCUAGACACAUAUGGAGAACACUUCCAGACUUUGAUAAUAACCCCAGCUUAAGACAUCCCUGGAGUAAAUAUCAUUGCCAACAAAACCUCUGGAGUGUUCUUGGAAUAGAUGCAAAUCAAAAGGACUUUUUGGCGAGCCAGGAUGACAUUUUUGAGGAAUCAAAUGUUAAAGAUAAUGAGGACUUCAGAUUUAAUGGAUUCAGUAUUAAUGACUGCAAAGCAGUGAUCCAGACCAAGCUUUCUGUAUCACUGGGUUCCAGACAUGGUCAUCUUUUCACCUGUAACCUCUCUUUGAAAACUACAUAAUCAAAUGGAGACAUGCAAUAUAUAACAACCCCAAGGAAGAAACACAUUUUCACUACACACAACCUAAAAGUGAAUUUUUUCAGUAGCAAUUGUAAGAUGCCUGUCAAUGCCAGGCAAAUACUUAAACUCCAAAAAUCUCCCAGCUUCCCUGAACGUCUGCUUUAA